UGGGCACCGCGUACACUUGUCAGACAUGCCAUGUUAGCUUUUCGUCCAGCAGCCAUCUGCGUCGUCACGAAUCAUCUCAAAAGCGCCCGCGCUCUCAUGAUUGCUUUUUCUGCGAGCGAUCGUUUCAUCGAAGCGACACUGCGCGCCGUCAUGCCGAAACGUGUGCAAAGAGAGGCACUCGGCCAAUGCCUCGGUCGAGAAAGAGAGGAAAACCCCGGCGGUCCUGCGACUCCUGUGCUCGUAUGAAAUUUGCUUGUCAGGGAAAUUUGCCGUGCAGUUCCUGUCAGGCGAAUUCUUUGGUUUGCACUUACGAUCGGCUGCGAAUUGAUUCGUCCUCUAGACCUAGGAGUCAAAGGGACAGUGGGGACCCUGGAAACCCCAUCGUGUCGUCGGCAUCUCAACCUCCUACAGAUGACCUACUUAAACUGAGGAUUCCAUUCCUGCUCAACUAUUAUAGCACGGGAAAUUCGUCUUCAGGUUUCUACCGAGCGCUUGAAUCUGGACGAUUGAAAUCGAACCCCGACUAUGUCUCGUCUGCUCCAUCAUAUGAGUCGGACGCCACCCAGCUGGAGCUUUUCGAUGAAGAGCUACUUAGAAGUGACGGUCCUCUUAGCAGUAAUCUCUCUUGUAUCAAAUCAGCUGGCCAGAGGAACACUCGCCAACGCCUUUCACUGUACAGAGAUCGUGGUAUGGAGAUGGUUCAGGAACUGCGAAAAGUAGCGGAGAGCCACGAGCCUUCUUUAGACGGUACGCUGUCUCACUCUCUCAACACUGCGGUAUCCCAAGGAUUAUUUUCUGGGGCAAAUAUCAUCAUCUUCACGCAGUUGUAUUUCGAGCGUUUGCAUCGUCAUUGUCCGAUUCUGCAUGCGAGUUCAUUUCGCAUCGACUCCGUCUCACUGCCUCUGCUCCUAGCUAUCUUUCUCAGCGGAUCAAUUCUCUCGCACCCCAGGGAUACAUUUGAUCUGGCUCUUGGCUGCUUUGAUCUUGCAGAGGAAUUCAUAUUUGCCUCAAUUUCGUCCGGUUUAAGUCCCCAAAAAAAGCAAACGGACCGUGAGAUGUCCACAAUUGCCGAGUCUCUCAUCGCAGCAGUCAUCUUCAUAAACUUGCAAAUGGGCCGGAAUGACAAGACGGUUAGACUGAAACUCUGCAAUCAGCAUUUUCCGGUUCUACUUGACACUGCAAGGUCUCUGCGCCUCUUUCAGUUGUCUCAUAAUACCGGCUUGUCUUCACAGACCGAUGACUUAGAAUUCAUCUUGAACGAGACAUUGAUUAGAACAAGUACCUACAUGUUCCUUCUUGACUGCCAAUUCGCCAUGUGCAUCGGGUCUUCUUCAUCCAUCGCUAUCGACGAGUUAAUCUGCGACCUGCCAUGCAGCGAACUAGAAUUCUCCAUCGGAGACCCGGCCUCUCAUUCAUCGACCAAUCCCUCGGGCGACCACCGCCUAUCUUUGAAAUCAUUUCUCGGCCUCCUAAUGAAUAGCAAGGAUGACCGGUAUGGCGACAAUAACCCAGCCCUUCAAAGGACUAGCAUUUUUGGACUUUUCGCCAUUGUUUGCGGACUUCUCAUCUCCAUCCGCGCUGCUUUCCACACGCGAACUAUCCAGCAUGAACGAACCCGUUUCCAGCGCGCUCUCUCCCGGUGGAACUCCAUCUGGGAUGCUCUUGUACCCAAAAUCUCAGCAGAUGAGCUCGCCAUGGUGGGGUUUAUGUCGUGUGCGAAAGAAAUUUGGCUGCUGACGCAAGCCCUGCUCAGGCUUGAUCCCGGGGAGUACCUUAAUGGAGCGGAGUCGUCUCUCUGCGUGAAGCCCAGCAGUUUGCCGGUCGACUCGGCGAAGAAGAAGCCGCGACCAUGCAGCAUCCAGCGGAUGGUUGGGCCCGAGUUUUGGAAUGCCGUCUGGCAUGCUGGACGGAUCAUUCGCCGGGCGCGUAUUGCGCCCCCUGCCCGGCUUCGCGAAUUCUGUGCCGUUCCCAUCUACCAGGCUAGUCUCACGCUGUGGGCUUACGGCCUGAUGUCCUGGGGUAUGUCCGGGGUUGGCUCCGUGGUGGUAGUCUCCAUUAAUGAGGUGACGCGGGUAUUUCUCGACGGACCGGAGGGUCCUGAUUCCAUUGCAUUUGUCAUGUUGGGAAAAGGCCAGCCGGGCAUUUCCACGAGGCUGGACGGUUCUUUUGCGCCAUUGAUGGAUAUUCAAGCUACGAUGAAUGCCGCGUGUCAUGUCUUCCGCCGGAAUUUUGGAGUGGGAACGGAAUGUCUGCCAUUGCUACUCGACGGGAUGAUGAAUCUGAUGACGGAGCUGGGGGUAUAG